UGUUUCUCUACUUUCGCUCGGUACUGUAGAGCAAACAAAACAAAAUUAAUGGUAGCUGCCUAAAAAUGAUUACUUAACGUUUAUUUCUUUCGUUGAAGAUUUGUGUAUGGUAAAUUGUUGUAUUAGCUACUAGUUUCGGUGACGACCAUUGGAAGUUCAUCUUUCUUUCAUACAACGGCUGUGUUCAAUUGAGUAUACAUAACUAUGGACUGUCGUUUCUGCGUGUUUCCGACACCUCAUGGGAUUGUACUGCCUUAAGACUACGUAUUGGCGGUUUUAACUACAAAAUCUCAAAUUUGUGACAUUCGUGUGUUUCCCCUGUACCCUUCAAAUAUUUGACAGUGUUCCAUCGUUAUUGUGAAAUAGAGACCCAGUGCAAAGACACACCACUGAAGUUGAUUUGUAUUAAAUUCCGCAGAAAAGGUCUUUGUUUAUUUGCUGUUUAUGGAUCUCAUCAUACACACUAAGCGUCCGUGAUAUUCAGCUGAAAAUCAACAGAUUUGAUCACAUGAAGCUGAGCAUAUUUUUUAAAAUUUUCACGCAGGUUUAACCAUCAUAACAUAUUAAUUUCGCUGGACAAAUGAGGAAAUGAUGUCGAUUAAAAUAAGGCCAAAAAGUACCCAAGAUAUUAAUGAAGGCACCGACAAACUCGAAGAUAAUAUGGAGCAUUUCAAGAAAAGAUUUAUGCAACAAUGUGAUGAAGAUACGACCGCUGUUGAUUCCAAUGGCAAAGAAGCUGGAUCCGAAGAAAAGAAAGAAAUAAAGAUGGUCAGGAAGAAACCAAAUUGUCGCAGUAAGUUCAGACAUAAAGACCUGGAGAUAUACAAAUUGGGCAGUAAUACAGUUCCAACAUCUCUGUGCAAAACAAAGGAACCGUACGACGUAUGCAAGGAGAAAAAUCUGCAAGAGGCCAGCGAAAAUAGCCAAAACGAACCGGAAAAGCUCAGUCGAUCCCCCGUAAAAGGAAGACACUCGAUGCCAGCUGUGAUAUACAGAGUUGCAGAAAGGAGAAAAAAUAAACCUAGGCCGACACAAAUUUUACAGAAUGGCAGUAAAAGUUCUUUAGGGAAUGGCUUCAGUCCUUCUGAAGCACUUCGUCAACUUUCGGACAGCUCUAGCAUCUCUCUAGAGAAGCUUCGUCAAUCUUCGGAAAAUUCCGGAAAUUCUAUUGAGAAGCAUGAUGCACCUUUGGAAAAAUUCGGCAGUUCUCUAGAGAAGCCUGUCGAACGUUCGGAAAGUGUCUGCGAUUCUACGGAAAAGUCUGCUCAAACUUCGGACAAUUCCAGCAAAUUUGUAGAGAAGCCUGGUCAACCUUUGGAAAAUUGCGGCGAUACUUCCGGAAAACCUGAAUCAUCUACUGACAAUUCUAGAUGUACGGUACCAAUAACAAGCAAAGAAAGCUCUAGUCAACCAUCAACGAGUUCCAGUGAUUCCGUAGUUAAGACUGAAGAUUCCAUCAAACCUUCUAGCGGAGUUUCGCCAACAAAAGCGGUUGAGAAUAAGGAGGCCGUUUUAGAAAAACCCCAAGAAUCUGCUUCUCCUGCAACUGAUCAGAAAAAUCCAAUAAACUUAUGCGUCCCGAAAACACAGUCUGAAAACGAAAUUGUCAACGCCAGGCCGAGGAUCGUAAUCGCACCAGCGGCAAAUAACUUUCCUGUACCAAUACAGAGAAACGUUCCAACGAAACCAACUCAAAAGAUAAUACCGAUAAGUAUUAACCCAGAAAUAUCUACAGUGGCUACGGUUUCCAUAAAUCAAGCGCCUGGAAUCGGAAACACACGACAACAAGCACAGGAGGGCGUCAAUUUGCGAGAAGGUGUACUGCGCACCAUAAGCUCUCUGAUCCAAGACAGAUUCCAAUAUCCUUUCAGCGCUGAAUCGCUAUUCAUUGUGAAUAACUGGUACAAAUACUUGAUGCAAAAUCAUGUCCCGGAUCAGUCGACGCCUUUGUUUAACAUGUUCACCAGCAUCUUACGUCAAACAGAAGAUUUUGUUAUGAUACACUUUAACCACUUCGGAAGUGGUUCAUUUCCUGUCAGUAGAAUGUUCGUGGUACAAAUUUUAAUGGCCGAUCUAAAACCACAAAGAGACCUCCUGAUUGAGUUAUUCAAGUCGCAACAUCGAUCUGGAGAUUGGCUGAGGCGAUUAUAUGAAACGCUGUGCUCCUGCAUUCCAUCCGCUUGGAACUAUAUACCUCAGUUAAUGCCUGCCCCUAGACCUACCAAAGCAAGGCAUCUUGAGGAUCAUGGUAUCCGGACACCACAGAAACCUAGGCAACGUGCCAAAUGGGCACGAUCAACUCGGCAGAACAGCCCUAAUGUUGCAUCACCGACGGUACCUUACCUCCAUCCUAACAGCUUACCAGGGUAUACUCCAGGAAUGUACGUUCCUCAAAAUUUUGAAGCAUCAAACCCUAAUGCAUAUUUAAAUGGUAUGCAACAACAACUGGGUAUGAUGAAUCCGCUACUGGCUCCUGGUAACUAUUCCGAACAAAGGAUGACAUACGAUACGUACAUGGCCAUGUUGAGGCAAUUGGCCGCGUUUCAACACUCAGCAAGUCAACAAAUGGAAGUUCCAUUCCUGAGCAGUGCGCCUAAUCCUGUAAAUAUGAGGAAUCGUGCGUCGGAAGUGCGGUUUCCCCAAAUAAAUCCAAUGUCUAUGUCACAACAAACAGGAGACAAUUUGCCGUUGCCUGUUAUUAGACAUCCUCAGCUCAUGCAAGGGAUGCAUUUUCCUGGAUAUAUUCCUGGAGUAAACCUGCCAAGAGAAGUGAAUUCUGCGGCGACAAAUAUACGUGUACCCGCAAAACAGACUGGUUCAGCCUCCAAACAAGUCAAUCCAGUGCCAGUUGAUAUGCGGUUAGAUGAACUUAGGAUAAAUGGAUCUCGAAGCGCGCUGGACCCAAGGCAGGUGUCACUUUAUACACAAGGCAUGUCCAGCUCAUUGACAGCUGGGACUAUGACAUACGGCGUGACUUCCCAGAAUAAUGUGCUACCAGCCAAGGUGGAUAAUCAGGUUCCUGUAAGAUAUCAGCCAGAAUCAAAUCGCGUUCCAGUGUUCAACAAUGUUGGACAGUCUAACCCGGCUUCAGAACAAAGAAAUCCGGACGUUGUUCCUGUGAUAAAUAUUCCGGAAGUGAGUCGGGAUAUUCGUGUGCCAGUGAAUAGUCGUACCGAUGUAGCUUACCCGGCGAUGAGUCAACAUGCCCCUAUGACACAAGCAGUGACACCUAUGAACAGCGAAAUGCAGCACCUUAGGCCUCGUUUUCCCGAACAGGUCAUGUACCGGAUGCCUGUUUCUGUCAAGAGUGAUAUUCCAACGAAUGAUCAAAUACAGCAUCGUGAUAACGCAGGUGGUACCAUUAGAAGAGAUAUACGGAUACCUGCAAAGAAUAAUGCUGCUACGAGUACCAUUUUCGCGAAAAGUUCUAAUGCUGGAACGACGAACAAACCGUGCACGGUUACCAGUACUACAAUGAGAGAAUCGAGGAACGAAUUGCCUAAUGAUUCACAGGGGACCACGGAAGCUGAAAAUUUUGAAAAGGUAAUUCGAACUCAUGUGAUAGUAGACCCGUUAAAAACCAAAAACAUAAGUGAUCUCCAUAAUAGAACGCCUCACACAUCGUCCACAAAAGAUCUCUCUCAGCAGUUGAACGGAAGCUCGCGGUUAACCGCGGCUAAAGACCGAAAUCAAGAUGAUCGACUGAUUGAUCAUAAUGACAUGAUAUCUCGAAAUAAUGAAGCGCCGACCGUGUCUAAUAAUAUGACAGAACAAACAGGCGAAGUUGCAGUAAGACAGAACGAGUGUAAAGAGUGGGAAAAUUCGGAGACUGAAUUGAUACUGUUAAAAGGCGUUUUGAAAGAUCAGUUCAAAGAUUCUUAUCCAGAAAUACUCAGGAGGGUGACGAUGGCUAAAGAGGUUCUCGAGAAGAGAAGACAUCGCAACACAGAGGCCGAUUUUGCAGACGCUGCUAGAGAGAAAACGCUUUCAGUCCAUUCUGAUUCUACUUCUUCCAUGUUACCAAAGAGAAAAACUGAAGAUGGAGCGGAUGUCUUGACGAAGAAGAUGAAGCAUAAACUUUGGCAAGACGCAGAAAUUGAAACUGAACCAGAUGUUACAACGUCUCUGGCCUCAACUACGAAACCCUCGCUGCCCAUUAUAGAAGAUAUAUCAUCCGAAGAAGAUAGUCGCAGCAAUGCUGACACUGCUAAACGUCAAAAGCCAGAUCCUCAAUUUAGGUUAAAAAAGCCCACUUCGAUUAGUUUGUCCGUGCCAAAUCCAGUACUCGAUCAUUCAACAAAACCAGUCAGCUAUCCAAAGCCACAGCAACAGUUGCUGGUACCGAACUUGCCGCUUUCAUCUCAAAUGAACAAUAAUCCACCACCCCUUGUUCCAUUCUCGCUCCCCUUGACACCCGAAUCUCCACAAGUACCGCUUCCUGAAAAUUGGCAAACAUGGUUGGAUGAAGAACGGCUACGAGGCAACAGCUUUUUCACACCCGUCUCUGGUCGUCGACAAUCCAUAGAAACAAUUAGCAGCGCUGGAAGUGAUUACUCGCCGAGGUUGACCACUGAUGAAGUUGAAAUCAAAAUUGAUUCAAAAUGGUACCGUGUGAAGAGGAACGUCUACGAAAGAAUGCCAAAAGGGAAACUGUACUACAUACAACAAAAAAAUAUGCUUAUCAGAUACUUCGACGACAAUCAAAUGGAACAAUUCUACAAAAACAUCGGUGUCCAGAGUCCCAAUCCAUCGCCCUCUGACCUCAAUCAGAUGAAGGCUUGUGCUGAAAACAAUGCGGAGACUCUCCUUAUACCAUCCGAUCCAUCGCAGAUGAAUGAAGUUAUUGAAAUUGACAAAGAGGUAACAUUCUCAACAGAAGACCAACUUAGUGAGCCUGAAAUGUAUGUGGAGGAGAUCGAGAACGUCAGACGUUACGCACCUAAGGACUUCUUCGGUUUUUACCAGUUCGUCACAGGAUACCAAAUCGUCCGUCACAACUGCCCCAUUAGUUUUCAUAUGUUCCUAGUUUUGCAUAAUACGAACAGAAUUAAACAAUUGUUAUAUGAAUACGUGAAUGCGUUAAUGAACGGGCAGUGCAUUCAUUAGCGUCUCAAGGCCGGUUCAAGAAGCUUUUUCAAUCUCAGGCGAAUGUCACACGUUCAAUAUUUACUAUGAUCCGUCAGUAUUUACCAAGAAAUGAGAUAUUUAUUGAACGUGUUCAUAGUGCAUUGACGAACGUCAGUAUUUAUUGAUGUGUAAGGUCCACGGAGAAAUUCAUUGACAGUGACAGAUCAAUCAGUAAAUAGUGAUGGUGCGAACCACAGUAAAUACUGAUCUCGUGUAGCAUUUGCCAUAGGCAGUGGGGUUCAGAGUUGGUAGUGGCAGGUGAGCAGGAAAAAAACAUGUAUGCUCUUAAUAGCACUAGAAGCAAAGGACAAACCUCAACCCGCCUGGAAUAUUGCCAAUUUUUUUAAAUCUACAAACAAAAGCUGAGAAAAAGACUGUUAAAAAUAGGUGUAUUCGGAUUUUCAAUAAGUACUUUUCAAUAGACUACUUGACUCAUAUCUAAUUUCAUAGAAUAAAUGAGUAUUUCUUACACUAUUUGGCUUUGGAAAACGAAAUAUAUCAAUAUCAAAUUUUAAAAGCGCAAGUCCAAUUUUAAAUAAAAUUACUUUUUAUGUUGAUACGAAACGGUGAAAACACUAUCCGCCAUGAUGUGACGUCAUACAAAUUGUAAACAAAAAAACGUCAUCCGUAUAUCAUUCGUGGAUUAACGUUGUCUUCCUUGGGUAUUUCUAAAAAACUUCUAAUCCAGGUAAAAACUUUUCUCGUUUUAUUGAAAAAAACAAUCAUGGACGUUGGAUAAGUAUGAUAUUAACAUAGGUUGUUUGGCAAGUUCUUGCGGUUUUUAACCUUCAAAUUCAAACUAACAUAUCUCAGUUUUAACAAAACUUUAUUAUUCAAAAUAAAAACCAUUAGAAUCAGUACACUUUUGCCAACGAGAAACAAGUUUAUAUACAGCUAACGUAGAAAUCCGGAGUUCUGGCUAUGAACGAAGGCAUUUUUGGCAGCGUCAUGGUUAUUGAAGCAUUUCUCGCGGAGGAAGUGGUCGAGGUGUUCGAAAAAGUGGUAGUCGGUGGGCGAGAGGUCGUUCAACUUUUGCAGGGUCGGCGUUGUGGAGAAGAAUUGGCCUCUUCAUAUUGACCAAUCUAUGGGACAUACGUCGGAACUUCUGAUGCAUUUCGUAGAUUUAUUGGCAGUACUUCUCCGCCUUCAUCGUUGCGCUCGGAUUUGGAAAGCUAUGGUAGAUCAGACCACCAAUCAGUCACCAUAACCUUUUUUGGAUGGAGUUCCACCAGAGUCUUUAAUUCGAAGCCUUUUAUCAUGUGGCGCUCUUUAUCUUCAAGGCUCUCGUCACCGCUGCGGAAUUUCUUGAACCACCAUUGUGCCGUACGUCCGUUAAUGGUUCCUGGCCAAAUGCAUCGUUGAUAUCGCGAGCUGUAUCGGCAGCUUUUCGACCUGAUUUGAACUGGAAUAAUAAAGUCGUGCGAAUGCCUAUAUUUAUAAGUCGUGAAAAAAACAAAUUACCGUAAUACAAAACGAAUACAUCGACUAGAUAUAGCGAAAAACACGCUUUAAAAUCUUAUAUAAAGUCAAGUAUUUAUUUAAAAAAAUGUUUUUGAAUUAAAGUUUCAGUCUUUUAGGCCUGAAAAAAUACAGUGUUAUUUUUUUGAUCUAAUAGCACAAAUAUUAAAAAAGUGUCAACUAGUCUAUUUUUAGUACAAGCACUCCACCACCAGUGUUACAAGCCCUUGAGCCGGCCCUGUAGACUUUCGAACCAGAAAGUAUGAAUUCUGAAAAUGUCAAACUAGAAUUUCAACACACAAUGUAAUGCCGAGUUAUUCAUGUAACAAAUAUGUAUCCAAGCUGUGCUGUAGGUAUGUCGUAUACUUCAAGCAAAUUACACUGUCUCAUAUUUUGCCAAAUUAAAGGACUGAAGCGACUAUUUGGAAAAAAGAUAAAAAUACACUAGUCCGACCUAGUUUAUUGCUUGCGAUUUUUCUAAAAAUCAGCUGUAAUUAAGUAGGAUCCGGCGGCCAAAUAAUGUUUCUGCACAUUAUGCAAAAAUAAUAUUUUAUCCUUUUCUGGAACUGCUAAUAACUCCUUUUGUAAAUCUUUUUCAAAAAUCAAAUUCUGUAAUGGCAUUAAAUUAUUUUUUUCAAAAGGAUUAAUAUUUGAAGGCAUUGAUUUAAAAGCUUUAAUUACGUCUUGCUUGCAAAUCUUGAUGGAUAUCGAAAUAACAAGGUCUUUCAACUCGGAAUACACUUUAUGAAUUAAUGGUUCCUCUUUCUGGAACAUAGGAGUAUAUCUUGUAAAUAAACUUAUACUCGACAGCAAAAAGAGCAUUUCACAUUUUAAAGCUUUUUGCUUAAGGAAACCGCAAAUGGUACUGUAACCAGAACUUUUCAUUUGAUGGUCUGCCUUGAGAGGUAUAAACGUAAGAAAGCCUCCCAUUGUUCCAAAAUCAUUUCAAUAGCAGAACCUAAAGUUAGCCAUCUGCUACUAACAUGCUUUAAGAAUUUGUGUUCUGGAACACUCUUUUUUCGUUGUAUCGCACCUUGAAGGCCAUCCAUCAAAAAAAUGAUAUAUAGCUAUAAUUAAAUUACAGCAAUCUUCUCCUAACUCUUUGAGAGCCUUCAAAAAACUAUUAUGAACAGUAUGGAUGGUACAUGACCCCAUAUCCAUUAGCGCCUUACCUCGAAUACUCAAAAUAUACUCAUUGAGAAGGCGUAAUGUCUUUUUAUUAACGUUUGGACCAUCGGUAGUGAUGGAGAUAAGUUUUGCUAAUGGCAAGUUGGCAUUAUCUAUUGCUUUUAAAAUUGCACUUUUAAGAUCUUCUGCCGUUGCGUGGCCCAUAUAAAAGCUUUCUAAACGAAAUUAUACUAUUUGGCCUGCUUUUUUUGACCAAAACUUUAUUCUUAUUUGCAACUCUUUCUUUCCAGUAUUAUUGGUCGUCUUAUCAUAUCGAAGUGAAUAAUAAGAAUUUCUGGCUUCUUCAAGCAUUUCAUUUCUGAAAUGGGGACCUAGCGCAUCUGUAAUAACUUAUUUUUUUCGGACUUAAGGUACAGCACCUUCAGCUGGAAACAUUUUCUUAAACAAACUAGCUAUCCCAGAUACUGAAUCUGCCGAAAAGUUUGAUGCUACAACUUUAAGGGCCCACAUUAGCUCGGCUUUAACCGCUGCAUUUUUACUGUUUGUUAGAGUAAGCAAAGAACUACCUGCUUUCUUCGAAUCUUGAGACACUUGUAUGUUUUGCGAAGAAAGCUUCCACGCAAAACGACCAGUUUUUGAGUUUUUUUGCAAUAACCCUUAUACUGAUUCAUUUAUUGGCGUCGGCAGGACUAUAAUAAAAAAUUUUCGUACAAAAACUUGUUUUGUGAAAAUGAACAAUGUUUUUAUAAAAACCACAAGAAAUAAACUUGCAUUUUGGUGCUUUUUAUUCGCCGUAUUUUUUAUAUAGUCCUUAAGCUUUGGCACUUAAAGAUUUAUUUUGCUUGGAGUAAUAUUCCAUAAACGUUUUUAAUGUAAUAGUAGUCAAGAAGUG